AUGUCCCUUUAUGGGACCGGUGCAUUGGGGCCUCCUCAUCUCUUCACAACGCUAGAUAGCGAAGAACACAAGAACUUAAGAAAGGCUCUUGGUGGUCAGCAGUGGACCAUCGGGUCUCUAAAGAACAACUGGGAGCCUCGCAUAGACGACUUGGUCCGCCUAUUCAUUCGCAAGAUGACUGAAAGAGCACAGGCUAACGAUACGGUGUUGCUCUCCGAAAGAGUAGCUGAGUUUGCCGCAGAUAUCAUGACCAUGAUCUCUUUCACUGAGCCUUGGGGCUUUGUCAAGAACAGUCGGGACGUGUACGGAAUCCUCGGCAACUGGCGUAAAGGACUCCCGCUGUUUGGGUUCGCUGGGCGAUGCAACUCUUUCCGAAAGAUUUUGUCCAUUCCUGGCGUAGGGGAACGGUUUCUCCCCAAGGCAACUGACAAAGACGGCUUCGGAUAUCUGAUGAAUUGGGCCGACAAAGAAGUAUCCCGUCGCGAGGAGAAGUUGGGAGACGGCGAGACUGUAAAUGAACCGGACUUCCUUCAACACUGUCUAGAUGCGCGAAUGGACGGAGAGCCCCUCAGCCCUGUUCAGAAGAGGGCGCACGUGACACUCCUGAUUCAAGCAGGGGCCGAUACCACUGGCACCGCACUCGGAGCCACCUUGCGAUUUCUUGCCUUGGAUCCCGACAAGAUGAAACGCACAUGGGAGGAGAUUGAAGCUGCCGAUCGCGCAGGUAAAUUGUCCACUCCAAUCCAAUACGAAGAAACGCGAGAGAACCUGCCGUAUAUGUGCGCAUGCAUCAAAGAAGCAACUCGACUGUGCCCGCCUGCCGACAAUCUCUUCGGCCGGGUGGUUGGAAAAGCCGGUAAAGUGAUUGAUGGACAUUUCCUUCCUCCGGGGACAGAGAUAACGACCAAUGCAUACGUCGUGCAUCGAGAUCCGGUCCUUUACGCACCCGACCCUGAUGCUUUCCGCCCUGAACGAUGGCUUGAAAGUAAGGAGAAAGCUGCAGAAAUGGAGCUUCACAGCUUUGUGUUUGGCAUUGGGCCUCGCAUUUGUUUGGGAAAGGACGUCGCCAUAAUCGAACUGCACAAGCUUCUCCCUGAGAUUAUUCGACACUUCGAUUUGCAGCUUGUCACUCCAGGAAGAUUUGUGGUGGCAGGCGGGGUCGCGUAUUUUAACGAUUUUAAUGUGAAACUGAUAGCAAGAGAGGAAUCUGCUUGA